GAAUGUCUUUAAUUUGUUUUCGUAGUUUUCGUAGUUCUCGUAAAUCGUGAGUGGUGGACACAAUAUUAUUUGAUUUUUUUUUGAUUUUUACCACGUGUGUUCGUCUGACCAAGUGCUCAUUCAGGUAUUCGGUGGGAUUGCAGUAGACAUUUUAAAUAUUUUGUAUUGUACUUGAAGCAUACCGUAUGUUUAAAAAAUAUUGACACGCGAUAUCUAACCACCCAAUUAUUCUAUGGAUGACUGGAUUGACUACCACGAGAAAACGUACACCUCAAGACACACAAUCAUCGGUCUAUAUGAUACACGUAAACAUUCCAAGAUAAAAGUGAUCGAGGCUACUCUUUCGCGUACUCUUACACGUCCAUUGAUCGAGAUCUCUUUUCUAAGUUCCAAUUGCAUACAAUACAGAUGACUCUACUGAUAAGGUUUUCAAUAUCCUAGAACUUCUAUAUAUUAAUUAUCUUAACUUUAUUUUUGAUAAUAGUAUAUAACACUACAUUUGAAAAAUGCACAAGUGUAUAGUGUGUGGUAAUAGAUCUAUUAACACCAAUGUCAAUCGCGAAGGAGUUAGAUAUCAUGGAUUUCCCAAGAAUGAAAACAGGAGAAGAGAAUGGUUUAAAGUUUUAGGAAUUGAUUGUUGUCAUAAAUGGCAACGUAUAUGUAGUGAUCAUUUUUUAGAAGAGAACUAUAAGCCAGGAAAAAAGCGAUUUUUAUUUUCAAAUGCUAUUCCCCAACCUUAUGAUCGAAAUGGUUUUCCUUCUAAUUAUGCUACUCAAAGUAAUGAUGUUGAAACUGGAAAUAAUGUAAUUUUACCAAUGGAACAAACUAUAAGAAAAUUGGCUUAUUAUGAUGAAAAAGAUUACAUAGAAUCUGAAUUUUACAGAGAGGAAAAUAUUGAAAAUGCUGUUGUAAAUAAUUUUAAUUUACCAAUACUUCCUAGAAAUAAUGAGGAUAUGCCGGACCAUACUUUAGGAUCUGGAUUACGAUGUUCCGUUAAAAACUGCUUUAACAGGCAUUCAAAAAAUCUUAGUAUCUUUGGCUAUCCUAAGGAUUACAUGCUAAGAAAAAAGUGGAUAGAAAAAUGCGGGAUAAAAAAAGAUCCUGCUAAAAUAGGAAUACGUGCUAUGCGAGUUUGUAGUACUCACUUUGAACUAGACUGUUUCACGAAUACUGUAUUAAAGAACAGAUUAAAACCAGGUGCUGUUCCAUCAUUAUUUUUAAAUAAUGCACCUGAUUCAUUGCCAGUGUCAAUUAAUGAGGUGCCAGUAUUGAGUACACGUGAAGAUCAAUACAUAGGUCAAAUAGAUAAUGAAGCUGCUGAACAGUCGUCAGAAGAAAUUCAAAAUAAUUUUCUAGAUAAUACAGAUAAUACUUCCAUGAUAAUUGACCUUACAAUUGAUGAUUCAUCUAAUAGUUCAAGAAUUGAAGAUGUUACAAAGGAUAUACAUGGGUUAAUUUUUGAAAUGUCUAAGGAAGUUGUACUUCCUAGUAUAUAUUGGAAGUGUGAACAUCUAAAUGCACAUAAUGCAACUCGGUUUUAUGAGCGAGACGCUCUUGAUGUAACUGUGAAGAAAAUUAUUUUUUAUAAUAACCUUGUGCCAACUAUACAAUUAUAUGGCAAGAAAUACGAACAUAAAAUGGCUAUUACAACAAUGAAAGAGUUAGACGAUCUUUUAGAAAAAAUAGAUAGUGUUGAAAAAUGUUAUGGUAGGGGUGGAUUUGUAUUUGAACAGUGUAUAGGGUAUUUUGAAAAUAGUUCACUUAAUAUGUGUGAUGGCUGUCAAGAGUUGGUAACAGAUCGACAUUUGCAAAGAAUGAAAGCAAAAAUUGAUGCUAAAAACAACACUUUGGAAAGUCUUAAAAACAGAAUUGCUGAAAGGACAGCAACUGUUGUGGAACUGAGAAGAAGAAUGACGGAAAUGAAAAAUCUACAACAAACCCUCGCAUUAUAACUUUUUUAUUAUGAAUUCUGCGUAUGGCAAAAUUAAAAAAAAAUAUUGUAUUUUUAGUAUAAAAAUAAUUAUAAGUUUAUAAACGUUGUAUUAUAUUUGUAUAUUUUUAUGCUGUAUAUUUAUGGCCCAAUCUCCGGGUAAACUUUAAAAAUAUAGAUUUAAUUUGUGGCCCAAUCUCCCGCUAGUAAAAUGUAAACAAAUAUAUUAUACAAAGCAGGUCGAUAAAAUGUGGCUAAAUUACCAACCACAUUUAAAUAUUAAAUAUUUAAACUAUACAUACAUCACAUUUGAUAAUUUAACAAGUAUACAUUUUUUUAUAUCAAUUAGUUAUUAAAGGUCUGAAUAUGAAAUUAAGCCUA